CAGAUUCCGCUUUGGGCAUUCAUUCGUAUUUCGAAUUCCGCUUCGAACGGUCGUAUCUUCCACAAAUUGUAUCUACACUCUUUUCUCGCUCGCGUGAAAGUCGUAAAGUUCAGCCAGCUCUCCGCUUUUGCAGAAAAUACAAAAAAAAAAAAAAAAGAAAAGUGCCAGCGGCAGAAAACCAAUUGAAACUGCAAUUGCAAUGCCUAAAAUGCGUACGUGAAUUUCGCGCAGUGUCUCUGUGAAAGUUCAAGUGAAAGCCGAAAGCAGAAACAAAGCGAGCAUACUUGCAAGCAAACCGAAAAGAAGGGAAAAAGUACGAAAAGUUUGAACAGAAAGAAAAGCACAGCCAUGGCAAUUUUGUGUCCGCCCAUGAGUUUGACCCUUCAACGCGCGCCCCCGGCGCCACGCCCACCGCCCAGCGCCUUGGAAACGAAGCGGAUCCGUCGAAAUCUCUUCGACACGGUGCCCGGCGACUCGAACAUCGAUCAGCUGUUGGCCCAGGAGCAGUGCUCCAAGAGGUUGUACGUCAAGGAGCGCUACGGAGUCGACAUCCUGCUGGAGGAUCGACGGGAACUGGACGCGGACGCGGCUGCGGAUGGGGAUGCGGAUGCGGAUGCGCCCAGGGGUAUGCGCUACCCCACCGUGCGUGCGAUAGCCAGUGCCGACGCCGACGAGUACGAUCCGAAGUCCAUCAGUCGAGGGCCCCGGGGCGUGGCCCUGACCGCCCCCCAGAUCUCCGCAAGCGCCAAGCUGAUCCUCCAAAAGUGCACACAGAACGGCAGCAGCCACAGCCACAGCGACAGCAACAAAAGCGACAGCAGCAGUGCGGACCUGGCCAACAACAGCACGAGACAUGGCCAAAAGCCAUAUGCGGCGCAGCCACAAGGCCUCAAAGGCAUUUACCGCGUUCGCAAGGCCAACAAGGGGAUCUCAAAAGUCAGUGGAAAGAACACCUACCCCAACAACAACAAUAACAACAUCAACCAUAAUGUGGAUAAUGGUACUAGCGAAUUGGGCGAUAAGGAGCAGUGACUUUGAGGUAGCAGGAAUCAAUGAGAAUGGGGGCCCCUGGCGGAGCAACAAUUGCAAUAUAUGAUAUUUAUUGUAAAAGUAAUUUUAAUUUCUAACAUAAUUUGUUUAUUUUUUGUGUACCCCCGUAUGGAUUGUACGUUUGUUUUAAACCAAGACUUGACGGUCCCAAAAAAUGUUGCUUGUUGCAUGUGGCAAAAAGAAAGGAAAAAAGCCAGCCCGAAGCAACAUCAGCAAAAUGAAAAAAAAAACCGGAAAAGAUCGGCGCGCGUGCACGGCCAAAAACAGGCAAAAACUAAUGAUAAUAAUAAUAACAAUAUGUAUAUCCGGAUGCAUGGCGAAUAUCGAUAUAAUUAUGGAAAUUAUUAAGUUAUAGAUAUGCGUAUGUUAAAUAUUUAUGUGUAAAAAGGAAAUUAUUUGUACAUUGGCAAUACGUAAAUGGUGGCGAAAAUGCGAAAGACUUAAAUUGUUGGCCGCAAAAUCGUCUGAUUUACGAAGUAGAUUAAAUUGUAAUUAGGCAAUGCUAAUUUUAGACAAGCGAUCGGCGGCGCCAUGCAUCCAUUAUAUAGACUCUUACCCCCAAUCCAAACAAAUUCAAGCGUUCUCAGCGUGUUUUCGGGUCCUGAUGCACGCGUGUGCCAAAAGUAUUUACAAUUUACUUUGUGUCAUGAUCUCAAUCAUUAAAAACAAUUUUAUUAUUUUGUUUAUCUAAAUGUAAUUAUAAUUGAAAUUAUUUAAAAAUUCUUCUUAGCCCACAAACAAACUCACACUCACUCACACCCCACACACACCUUUACACACACACCCACACACUCUGUACUCAUAUUUAUUGUAUGUACAUUAUCGAGGUGACAUUUUAAAUUGUAUGUACUAUCUAUGUAUAAUAUUUCGUAUCUAUGGCAAAAUUAUUUCCCCCUUCGAAAACCUAUUUUGAACAACCAAACUGUGUAUAUUGUACGGAGUAGUUUCAAACUGCAAGCAGCUAAAUGAGAAAAAACCACAAAAACUACAACAAUACUGUGUAUAUUUCCUUAAAAACUUUGUAAAACUUAUGCAAACAAGAUGAAAAAAAAACCUUUUUUACUGUACCUCUCAAGCGAAAAGAGCAGCAGAAAAAAAAGAAAAACUAAAAAAAACUCUUAAAAAUACAAAUGUAAAACAAAAAACAUUUAAAA